GGAGACUUUACAGCGGAGGGUUCUCACGGUCUGGUUACCACGGCAACGCGGGUCCUGGCCGAGCCUCAAGUGCCAGAGGAAGUGACGACAGGGGAUUGGCUGUUGUUGGGACACGUGACCCGUCGGGCCGCAGUAUAGACAGUGUUGUGACAGUCGAGAGACAGUGAGGAGGGUGGCGGGGUCAGUCGGGUGACAGCGGGCGCUGAGGUGGCGGUGUGCACCGGGCAGGACGGACGCUCAGUCAGUGACUUGCCUUUCCGCUGAGAAGUUGAUGAGUGCAGGCUCCCGAGUCCUCCCUAACUUCCCAUGUCCCAGCUGGGCUCUCAUGGUCCGGGCAGUUGCCCCUCGCAUUGAGGCCAGGGGGAGAGGAGGACAGGAGGGCGCCCCACAGUACCACACAGGGGAGAUGGUGCAGCGGAUCGAGCCUUGGGAAGGCAUCUGGCAGAGCCUGGGUUACAUGUAGCGGUGACGAUGCUGUAAAAGCUGCCGGGGGAGGGAGGAUGGCCGUGGGAUUAGCUCGGGUGGGGGACGCAGGGCCAGGUCACUAGUGGGCAGCGAGACUACACCAUUGUGAGCGGGGGUCACCUGACCGAUCAGUCGCACCUUGCAGCCGAUCGCUUAUUGAUUAACUGGAGUGACAAUGUGUCAGCUGUGACCUGGGGGAGGGGGCAGCAAUCAGCUGUGUGCAUGGCAGGGUCCGCCUUGUAGGCACUCGCCAGACGUGACCCUGUCAGGUGAGUCACCCGCGGAUCACACAGCCCGCGGGCUCCUCUCGUCUGAUGCUGGGGAGAGCGGUUUAUAAAUAGGCCGGGUGAGCAGUGUGGGCACUGGGCAGCGGGUGCCAGCUGAGAGGGGGGCUUCGGGCCUGAUGUGCGCCCAGGACACUGGUUCUCCUCGGCUUCUUCUACCAGACGGUGCCCCCUGAGGGAGGAGGACUCCAGCAUGAGAGCUGCCUGUGACACCGCCGAGAGGAUGAAGCCGGACCGAGACUCUUUGGAUGAGUUCUUUGAGUAUGAGGCUGAGGAUUUCCUGGUGUACCUGGCUCUGCUGAUUACAGAAGGUCGCACUCCUGAGCAUUCGGUGAAAGGCAGGGCAGAAGGACUCCAUUGUCCUCCAGCACAAUCUAGCCAGCCGAGGGUCAGUAAGCAUGAAUGCAGCGAUAAGGUGGUGCAGUGCCGACAAGCCAGGAAAACCAGGUCUGAAGUCGCCCUGCUGUGGAGGAAUAAUAUUCCCAUCAUGGUUGAGGUGAUGCUGCUCCCGGACUGUUGCUAUAGUGAUGAAGCAUCUGGCGCGGAGGGGAAUGAAUUAAAUGAUCCUGCAAUGAAACAAGACGCCCUCUUGCUGGAGAGGUGGACUCUGGAGCCGGUUCCCAGACAGAGUGGAGACCGUUUCAUCGAAGAGAAGACGCUCCUGUUGGCUGUCCGUUCAUUUGUCUUCUUUUCUCAGCUAAGCGCCUGGUUAAGUGUUUCUCAUGGAGCUGUGCCGCGUAACAUUAUCUACCGAGUGAGUGCAGCAGACGGUGACCUACAGUGGAAUUUUACUCAUUCACCAACUGAACAUGUGUUUCCCGUUCCCAACGUCUCUCACAAUGUGGCCUUGAAAGUCAGCGUCCAGUCUUUGCCUAGACAAUCCAGUUAUCCAGUGUUGAAUUGUAGCAUCCACAGUAAUCUUGGCUUCUAUGAAAAGCGGUUUUCUUCCCAUGAGCAGAUUGGUCCUCCAUCUCGAGAUCAUCAAGAGAGCGGCCAGCAAAGUGUGCCCAGUUGUCAGCAUACGUGUAGCAAGCAGACAUGGACUGUUGGAUCUGAUGGACUACCGCAGGCUAGAACAAGUCUUAGCAUGAAUCUUACUCUUCCUGGUAGGAAUGCAAAGUUAAUUUCUGGAUGUGGCAAUAGCUGUGAUCUUGGUACAUCACCAUCGAAGAUUCAAUGUUUCAGUAUAAGUGAUCCUAAAACAUCCCUGCAAGAGUCACCUGUCAGAAACUUCAAAUCAUUAUCUUUGGUUGACAUGCCCAACAUCUCCCCCCUACACCAGCCAACAGAGACCAAUCCAUUAAUAGGCUCCCUAAUUCAGGAACGGCAGGAGGUCAUAGCAAGAAUUGCACAGCAUUUGCUGCAGUGUGAUCAGACAGUGUCACACAUAACCGGUCGCUCCUUUAAAAUGCAUGACCCCAACGCCUUAAGCUGCAAAAUAUUCCGAAACCCAUGUGAAGAUGAAAACUUCAAUAAGAUUGAAACACCUGUCCGAUGUUCUGCUUCAGAUUUGACUCUGACCCCUGAAACCGGUGACCGAAAACUAAAAGCUGCUACAGAAACGCCCAUAACUUCCUCCCGACCUAGUCCUGAUGAUAGAACUUCACCAAAACCACAAGCUAGACGGAAACUUUUUUUAGUUCAAGCCCAUGAACCCAUUUCGAACACAUUUCAACCUGCAGUAAACAAACACACCCCACCAGCUUUCUCAUUGUCCAGCAAGGAAAAUAUAUUCAUGUCUCCUGAGAGAGAAGACUUGAAAUACAGCGAACAGACUGAAAAGUACAUUAGUAAAGGAACGUUGCAUCAUCUGUCGAAUCAUAGCACCCCGAACAUUCAUACUGCCAACAACAAACAAACCAGCUCCACGGAAAAUAGAAGUAGUGACGGUGUCCAUCAUGAUAACCGCAAAAACUGUGCACGACAUGUUGUGGCGUAUAGAACCUGCGGGGUUUCUCAAACGCUAGAGUCUAAAUGUACAGAGAGUAACACAAGGAAAGCACAAGGGUCUGAUCAUAGCAACCAACUUCACAGCAUUGAAAACUAUGUUUCAAAGGACAGAGACAGUCAGAAAGCCAAAGAGACCCAGGACAAGCAGAAAACAACUCGCGACGAGAAUGAGGAUCCAGCAAAAUGUGACUGUGGUGCACAAGAACAGGGGAGAAGUAUCGGAAGUUGUCUCCGAUGUGAGAGGUUAAAGAAUACAGAUCAAGCAAAGUCUGUGCAUCUGCGACCCUCAAAUUGGAAGAAAAAGGGUUUUCACUCUCUUGAUGGGAUCUCUACCAAGGCCUUUCACCCCUGCACAGGUUUACCUUUACUUUCCAGUCCGGUACCACAGAGAAAAACACAGUCGGGGUGUUUUGAUCUGGACACUUCCUUACUGCAAUUAAAAGGUUUAUCCUCAAAGAGACAAAGUCACUGUGAGAGAACAGAAGAAGGUGCGGAGGACACGGACAGACAGCUGAGUUGCAGUGCCCCGCCGACUCCUUGUCUGAGCCUUCUUGGAAACUUUGAGGAGUCGGUCUUGAAUUAUCGGUUAGAACCUCUUGGCACAGUUAAAGGUUUUACAGCAGAUGUUGGAGCAAGUGGAAUAUUCUGUCCAACUCACAUGACCUUGCCGGUCAGAGUUUCUUUCUUCAGUGUUUCAGAGGACAAUGCUCCUUCCCCUUACAUGGGUAACAUUACACUGGAAUCUCUUGGCAAAAGGGGAUAUCGCAUACCUCCUUCUGGAACGAUUCAAGUGACCUUAUUUAAUCCAAACAAGACUGUGGUGAAGAUGUUUGUGGUGAAAUAUGACUUGCAAGAAAUGCCACCCAAUCGGCAGACAUUCCUGCGGCAGAGAACGUUUUCUGUUCCUGUAAAACGAGAUAAGAAGGCGGCCGUCCCUGAGAAUAUCACGAGGACAGAAGAGCGGACGCUGCGCUACCUCAUCCACCUGAGGUUCCAAAGUUCAAAGUCUGGAAAGAUCUACCUCCACAAAGAUGUUAGACUUCUUUUCUCUCGGAAGUCCAUGGAAGUUGACAGUGGGGCAGCAUACGAACUGAAAUCUUACACAGAAACUCCAAGAAACCCUCAGUUUUCAUCCAGAUGCUGAGCUAACGGCAGCAAAGAAAAUCUUUGGCAAAGCAAGCAAAAAUAAAAAAUAAAUUAGAUUAACACCAGUGACUGGUCUAAAAAAAAAAAAAAGGACCAGCUCCAGAGAUUUUCCUCAGUGCAUUCUGUGUAUUUCAUGUAGACUGGAAAAGAAUAGUCCUAAUGCAUUUUUCUACUAUGUAUACCACUCAGCUAGGUGUGUGCUGCAUUAGUGAUGCUCCCUGUUAGUUUAGUGUUUACACCUUUUUAUUUUAUUUUCUUUAUUUAAUAUUUAAUGUUUCAUUUACUACACAGUGAUUUGUUUUGUCUGUGUUCUAAUGUAGCACAAGGCCUAUGGAAAUCAUACAAUGUAUUUUUGACAGUAAUAUUGAAUUCUAAAAUAUAUAUAAAUCUAUA